AUGAGUAACGCAGAGUCAUGUAUCAAGUUUCUGGUUAAUAAGCUUUCGCUCACUGUUAGUAUGAGUGUAGCAGAAAUUGUCAUAUUCUCUGUUGGGUUGUUAUUCUCGAUUCUAUCCCAUUGUAUAGCUUGGGCAAUUCAUACAAAGGUGUCCAGGGUUCUCGAAAGAUUAAAAGACUGUGACGACAAUUUAAAAUCCGCUGCAAAGCUAGUAGAAAAUAGUUCGAUCACCGGAUCAGUGCUUCAAUUGAGUGCUGAGCAGCUGCGAUUCGACCCAGAUGUGAACGAGUUUGAGAGAGAUGUGGCUGUCCUGAUGCUCAAAGAUCCACAACUUACGUACACUGGUGAGACCAUGCAUCGUGCUAAUAAAGCCAAAUCACCUCAAGUUGAAAAUAAGAAGUCGCCCAAAAAAUCUGUUGAAGCCGCUAAAGCGAAAAGUGCAGAAGAAGCGGAGCGAGAGCUUGCGAAGCUGGCGGAACAUAGAAUGCCGGGAAGUCAAGACGCGAUGAAAGGCGAUCAGAAGGUCGAGAAAGAAGACAAGGAAGCUAAAGAUGCAAGACCUCCAACACCACUUCCGGGAUCAUCGGACGAAGACAAGAAUCCGGACAGAAAGAAGUUUAAGCCUCCUCCAAACAUAGCAAAGGCAGACGCGAAAGACCCGGCAUAUGAGACGCUGCAAGGAAUAGGUAACGAGCUGUUCAAUGUUGCGAAGCCUGAGAACAAAAGUAAAAGUAAGAAGGUCGAUGCCGCUGCAGAAAAGGAUAAAUUCAAGCAGCCACCAAAGAUCCAGAAAGCCGAUGCAAAAGACCCACAAUAUGAGACACUAGCAGAUGUUAAAGACGAUAUUUUCAAAAGACAGUAA